AUGGGUUCCCACCGAAAUGGAGGCCAGAUCCGCUGCUACAAGGAUACUCUGAAGACUCUCCUGAAGCGUCUGCAGAUCAACGUGGCCAAGUGGGAGUCCUCGCUGGUGACCGACCGACCUGGAAGAGGACAGUAAAGACAGCCGCGGCGAUCUUCAAAGCCAACCGCAUCACCGCCGCCAAAGCCAAACGCGAGACACGCAAAUCUCACCUACCGCUGUCGCAUCUCACAACGCCGACGCCCAACCGCCUCCAACGUGUCCACCACGUCAACAGACGUUCCGGGCGCCAGUAGGACUUGUUGGACACCUCCGGACCAACAGCAGUACCCGGGCUGCACCAAACGUCGUCUCCGUCUACCUCUCCCACGCCGUCAGACUAGCGAGCCAGUGCCUGGAGCACCAACCUACACUCGCUGCAUUCGUCUCCACUGUCCUCGCACAUUCACUCACAGCGUGGGUCUAUUCAAUCACAUGCGUAUCCACGAGAGCGGAAUUAACCGCAGUCUGGUCACACCCAGCACUUCUUACACAUCCAUGCCUAGCUCAAUCCACACCCCGUCGCCCAACGCGUCCAUCAUCAACAGCUCCACCACUGCCACAAUCUCCGAAAUCGACACUAACACCGCCGACUUUUCCUGUCCACACUGUCCUCGUACAUUCACCUCACCCAUCGGUCUGGUCAGUCACUUGCGAAUCCAUCGCACAGAGACUGGUGAACCAGUGCCUGGAGCGCCAACAAGCACCAGACGCAUCCACCGCAAGUGCUUUCACCGCACCCGCACAUUCACCCGCCACAUGGCCUAUUAGACCACAUGCUCAUUCACGAAAACCUGCGGUAGACAACCUCCAGCUAAACCACACCAUCACAUCUUCCUUCACCUGCAUCACGCAACAGUAUCACCCACCACAGGCAUACACUUGCCACCUUCCACGCAAGUGGGUAGUGUGCAUCUCGGCUCCGUCUCCAUGCUGCUUCAUUGCCACAUGUGUGACUCAAGUCUGAGGCUAUCAUGACGCGUCAAGCUCGGUGGCUUGGAAGGCUGCUGACCGACGCCUCAACUCAGUGCACGCAGUCUGCCUAGUUGUAUGAAUGUUUGUGUGGAGUGGCAGGCUGGUGGGCCAAGAGCCGUCCUGAAACGGCUCCUUCUUAACGUGGCCUACGGCACUCACGCAUGUGAGAUGUACGCCGCUCAACCCCUCUUGUGUGAAAUUCUGGUGCUUCUGUUUAGGGAGCCAAGUAGUGCAUGUGACGCGCGUCGACAGAGUCACUUUAUAUGUCAGCCACCGCGCCCAUUCCCCGCACCUGUCAACUGACCGGCUCGGACAGUUACACGGCCUGGGAAUUAGAAGGGAUAGUGAGGUCGACGACCCAGCGUAUUUUUCACACUAUAAACAAUCUGGCGCGCUUAAAGCUAUCACAGUGCGCUAAAAGCCGUAGCUUGGACGGUUGUCAACUGACGGGAUAACUUGGACCUCGCAGUCGACCCAGUGUUGUGUUUGUGUGGGGCGGCCGACUGGUGGUUUAAGAGUCAGGCUGCAAUGGCUCCCUCUUAAUGUGGCCUUUCUGGCACUCCAACUCCGUGAGAUCCGAGCCAGGUGUGACUGCACACCAAGGUGCGGCUCUGGUCGUGCCAGCCUCCCCCUUGUUUGUUGUCGGUCAAAGCCUGGUGGUGUGGAGUGGAACGCCAAGAUGCGGGCUCGACCGUGCCAUCCACCUGUGCCCUCCCUCGCCUCCGGUCUUCUUGACUAUGUCUUGACACCGGGUCCAGCUGGGGGAGUAGGAGGAGAGCGUGCGGUAGAUGCUUCACAAUUCUACAUUCACUAUUAACUAAAUCACGCGCAAGUCACCAUCUCUGCUCCACUUUGCUGUGGAGCGCACGGUGGACAUCGUCGGCAGCGACGAUCGAACUGUCGUUUGCCUAUGGCUGAAUAAACCUAUGCGUGUCUUAUGACACUAUAGACAGGCAAGGAGUACGUGAGAGCUAGUGGCCCGCGUUCCGGGCAUUGGUUCUUUAUUCGGACUGCAUCGAAUUCUUUGACGAUCGGCCAGGUCGAUGCGCGAUUGGAGUGUGAGUUCGCAGUGUGAGCAAGUUGACGUCAAGUCUACAUUGUUGGUGGUGGUUGUUUUUCAGCAUUUCUAGAGCACAUUUUGUAGGCCCUUCUCUUAAGGUGAACUCGACGCCCCAAAGUAGGACUGAUGGGUCAUCUCGCGCGGCUGCCUAAUCAUUGUCGGUCAUUAAUUUGGUUUACUCGAAAGACCUGACAAGCUAGCCUGGGCCGCAUUCGCCAUUACUGUCGCUCGCUUCGUAGGACCUUAUUUUUUGGGGUGGGAGGGGAUGUGAAUGAAUGAAGGAAAUACCGGGUUUGGAGACACCAGGUACCCUUAUCUGGUUUAGCUCGCCGGUUGUGGACGGCCAUCGGGGUGUGGCCCUUUUGCUGGGCAUGGCUUCCUCGGGCCACGGCUGAUAUUUUCGUGCCAGAGUCGAACGAAGUAGAAGUAUCUGCCAGAUCCAUCCGUGAGUUUUGUGGGCGACGUCAGUACACUGUCGUAGAACAACCGACCAACAGCUUCAGCCCACGCCACCCGUGCACCCCCCAUGUGGCUAGUGAACUACCGAAGACAAGCAGUCAAUCAGCAUGCUUGGUAUUUGCGGAAUAGAGCUUGGGGAGUGCGUGAGAACCGUGUACCAGCGAUGCCGUUGCCUUCAUAAACUAAAUUACUCUGGCGGAGUCCGAUGUAAGCAUGCUGGCAAAAACGCUCCCUCUUAUUCGGCCGAACUUUUACCUCCUAAUAAAUACCCCGAUAAAACAACUGUCUCUCAUUUCAAACGCGCAACUCCAGAGGAGAACAAAGGCAGACGCAGCGAUCUUGCUCAUCACGAAAGCAGAUCUUAAUAUAUUCCAAUUCAAUACCUCCAGUUUAUGCAGAUCGUGGUUACUAUUUCCCGGGUCCUCCGGGCAUUCUUUCGAUUACACGACGGACAGCUGUAAUGGGUAUCUCGUUCUGGUUUUGAUUAAAAUCACUUUCGGGAGUCUUCGGCUUGGCAGAAACUGUCAGACCAGUUUUUCCCAAAAAUGCCUCCAUCUAUGCUCAUUCAGACUCAAGUCUGAUAAUUGCGUCGAUGAAGGGUUCGUAUCCCGUUGGUCGUCCAAUAAUGAACUGCACUGUCAUCCCGGUACACAGAAUGAUCCGGUCCUGUUUCGCUUGAUGAUGGAUUUUCCUUCAGUAUGUGACCGCAGUCUUCACUAUCAUUUCGAUGUCUUUACUUCACUCACCGUUCGUUCAUGCUGUACCCCACAUGCAAUGACCCUUCACUUCUAAACAACGAGGUGGGUAAAUCUAACCGCGGGCUUUUCGCCCGUCUUGCUGUCUCAAAUGGGACCUCGAUUCGUCGGUGCACAUUUCUGGACUGCAUUAUACACUACAGAAUAGACAUCAUCGCAUCGGUCGUUCGUUUUUGCCGUGUGCAGGAUUCAACAAAAGUACACGCCUUGGACAUCUACCCCUGCGCCCAGACUCACUUGACUGUCGACUAAGUGUAUACAACUAUGCUAAAGAGAUUCGUGUGCAGACCUAUGCUGGUUGACUUUAGUUACUCUCGGUAACUUAUCUCCUAUGCGGUCUGCAUGCCCCUGAGUAGUCUCCAGUUUGACGCUUAGUCAUUCUUAGUUGCUACGUCCGAAAUUGCUUGACUGUAUCGCGACGGCUUAAAGCGCAUUAUCCAGAGCGCCAUAAAGUCGAUGUGCCUUUUUAGAGGACGGGGGAGGUUUUGGUAGUACUUAUUUAUAUAUCGUUUCUUUUCUGUAGAUCAACACAACAUGUUUGCAGCCCGUCUUAUGCGUAAUGGUGUUGUGCAUGUUGACUUGGUUCAACGUCCUCCCGCGUAAUGAAACCAUCCCAAAGCCAGCAGGUGUUACCUAUGUCCAAGCACGUCUGAGUCUGUAUUUUAUUUUAUUGCUAGGAGCUCUCCUGCCUGAAUUACGAAGAGGAUCAGCUUCCAGCAGCUCCGCCCUCUGCACCAGGCAUCGUCUGUUGGCUGCUGCAUGCCUGCCUACGCACAGACCCCGCCAAGCGUCCUCCGGCUCAUUUGGUCGCCGACGCGCUGCAUGUCUGGUGCCUCCUUCGAAACCUCUCUCGGCGUGCUUUGGUCACCACUGAUCUCAAUUUGGAAACUGAAACUAUCACAGCGUUGCCCCAACAAAAGAAGGAGGGGAAGCAGGGAUUCCUGAAAGAGUUGUUGAAGACUUUCACUGUAAGCAACCCCCACCCUUCUUCACUGUUCCUCUUGCUGGGUUCUUUCUCUCUGUUUAUGGAUGUCCAUGUAAGGCUGCGCGAAGUCGUUUUGCCACCCCUUCGCAGAUGUGAACACUUUCACUGUACUCGCUCCUAUACCCAUAAGCCCGUUUUUUUCAUCCUCCUGCUCCGGCUCCAAGUUUCUACGUAAGACGCACCACCAAGACCGUCAUCGCUUUUUGAUGCUACUUGUCCCGACGGGCUGUGACUCUUCGUGCAUAUAAUCCUUCUCCCUUCUGAUUAUUAUUAGCUGUGGGUGGAAACUAGACACAGUGUUUAUUAUUCUUUGUCGCAUAGCAUGCUGCAAAGGUCAGAUAAGUCUUCAUGAAUGCAUGCUUAUUUAACGGGAUGAGAAAAUUUGGUUUCAUAGAGGCGAGGGAGGAAUAAAUUCGCUCCUGUGGUCAAGUGGCAGCAUUUGCGCAUAACGGUGUGACAUUUAUUUUCCUCCACUCUAAUCAACCUCCAGGUGAAUUUUUUCUCUUUUCCACUCCUUUGACUCGUCCCGGGCGGAAAAGCCUGUCAAUGACAUAUAAACAAGUCCAGGAGCAGUCGUACGCCAGCAGCGAGUAUGACCAAUGGAGGCAACAUUCACCAGUUCACCAUGAUUCCAGGACAGAAGAUGACGUUUCCACUUUGCCUCAGAUUUCUGAGUCUAGAGUCCUCGCCAUGGAACCUUGUUCAUGCUAUGCGACUGUAGACCCAGGCCUACGAGGCAAAAUUGAAAUUAAGAUUACCGUCCUGCGACUCGGAUAGGUCGGUGAAUCAUAUUCUCAUGUGACUGAAUAUUCCCCGUCGCAGUCGACAUAGGGUGUGCUCGUAGCUCAAAUGAUCGACCAUUUGACUUAAAAAUGCCCGUUAGCCAACUGACUCUGCUUCAAAUCACGGGUUCCCAUCCCGGAUUCAGGGUAUGACGAACCGUUGACGAUAACUAAGCUAGAGAUGGCCAUUCCAGUCUAUUUCGCUCCUUCGCCAUUAUACCGCCUAGGACAGCCCACCACAAAAGCGGUAGUUCGCUCAGCGCGAACAAUGAGGGCGCAGUGGUGACCUCGCGUAGAUUUGUUUGUAGUAAAGGAAGCUUGCGCUUCGUGUACCCCACCUUAUUCUUCCCACUUUGUCCCUCUCGUUUCGGAGAAGGGACAAGGUCGAGGCGAUCGGAGAUUUGCAUGGACGCAAUGGCUUAAAAGGCUAAACAACCGAUAUAUGGGAAUUCCGUAAGGCGAUGGCAUGUAUGGUCCUCAAGUGCAAACGGAAUAAUCUUCGGGUUCUUUAUUAAGUAGCAUUAAUUUUAAAAGCUUUCGUGUCAAAACAACUUGUCAGAAGAUAAGCUGGGAAACUCGUCCGGAUAAUUUGCGAAGUAAAACUUACGUUUUCUUGAACGACGUUUAACUUUGCACGUACAGUAGAUGUGCUAACUCAUGAAAUGUCAACCAAAAUUUCGAAAUGCGUUCUCGUUUCGAAAAGAUAAAUUAAAUAUUGUUGUUAAACUAAUCAUGAUGCAGCAUAAAUCUAUAAUGAUCCAGUUACCUCAGGGUGUCGUCUUUCGAAAGAACUUAUUUUCGGCUGCAUGCGAGAUCUAUACUCUGCAAAAUGUGACUACUUAAGUAGUAAGCAAUUUUUUCAUCGAUUUUCGAUGCCCUUGAAAAUUCCAUUAUAUUUCAUAGAAAACAUGCAUAAAAAUAAUCAUUCUUUUACUUAUUCGGUAGAAAAUCACGUCUUCUUCCAAUUGCAUACUCAAAAGAAGAGUAUAAUUCGGUUUAAAAAAAUUUUUUCUAAUUCCCGAAUAAUUUGGAACCCGACCUGCUGUUACACUUGCAUUCAGGGUUUCAAAACUACGAGCUGUAUAUUUUCCUUGUACGGAAAGCCAUGCAUUUCUCUACGGUGUUAAGAGGAGACCAUAUGAGGUUAAUAGAAUUAAGCAGUGGAUUUGAGCAAUAUCGUUAACUUUACAAGCCACAUUCGUAAAUGCAGAUACAUGACGUUUCAUGAACGGCCUCUUAGCGGUAUUAAAAAAUCUCAAAAUUAGAAACUUUUUUAAAACCGAAUUAUACUCUUCUUUUGAGUAUGAAAUUGAAAGAAGGCGUGAUUUUCUGGCGAAUAAUUAAAAGAAUGAAUAUUUUCUGCAUGUUUUCCAUGAAAUAUAACUAAAUUUUCAAGGGCAUCGAACAUCAGUGAGAAAAUUGCAUGCUACUUAAUUAGUCAUUUUUCGCAGAGUAUAGAUCUUGCAUGCAACCGAAAAUAAGUUCUUUCGAAAACCGACACCCUGAGGUAACUGGAUCAUUAAAGAUUUAUGCUGCAUCAUGAUUAGUUUAACAACGAUACUUAAUUUAUCUUUUCGGAACGAGAACGCAUUUCGAAAUUUUGGUUGACAUUUCAUGAGUUAGCACAUCUACUGUAUUUAUGUGUUGACGGUGGUAUAAUAGACCUAUGUUAUUUACUUGAACGUUUGGCGGUCCGUUUAAGCCUGCUUUUUCCGCAAAGUUUAAUAUUUUAUUAUCUCUAGGCCACUUUAUAUUACUUUCGAAAUCGUCUUGUGUCUUAUUUUGCUGGGGGUUGUUUAUGUCUUAAUCGUGCUUUUUUCUUAUGCGUUGGGACUAGCAUCUUGCUUAGUCCCGGUUUUCCAUGAAUUUUAGUAUGCUUCAUGAAUUUUUUUCGCAUUCUGUAUAUAUAAUGUAGUUCUCAGCGGAAGAAAUUGACUCCUCCGCACCCUGGUUGGCGGCCGAGUUGACGUGCGUACGCCGAUUCUGUCUUAAAGGCAAAACACGUUUGUGUCGCCAACUGACCGAACUUUUGCAGGUCUGUUGGGCCUCUGAUUGGUUGCUGGGACCGGCUCAACCACCGGACGGCAUUCGCGCCAACUUUUACGCCCGGGUCACUUUGCAGCGGUUCGCAUUCUGCCUCGGCCUCGUGCGAUAUGCCCAUCUUUCAAAAAUCCUGGAAGCCGCUGCAGUAACGCCCAUCACCAUCACUCCCACUUCGUAG